AUGACUUUGAAUUUUUUGAUGCAAACUGAUGAUAUGAUGUUUUUCAAAAAUCGAACCGAAAAGCACUUAUGUUCAGCAAUUUCAAUAAACUCAAGAUUUCUGUUUCGAAAACGGGAUAAAACCAGAAACCAUUUAUUACAACCAACUUUAUAUACAAACAGACAGGAUUUAACUCGCUUUAGAAAACGAGUAAAACAACAUUUAUUAUGGCUUCAAAGUGGCCGCCGUUGCUUGAAACAAUCACAACCUUAUUUUGGUGAGGAACAUUUUGAACAAUUACGUUCGAUAAGUAGUAAUUUUAUUAAAAGGAGCAUUUAUAGUUUUAAAAGAAGGGAUGAAUGUCAAAUAGUAACAGACUCUGCUAAUUCUGUUAUUAGAGACGAACGUGAUGAUUAUCUAGAUACGAAUAAAGAUACGUCGUUUAUUCCACCAAUUUAUGAUGAUUGUGAAGAUAUUCUUCUGAUGAAUAAGACUGAUGAUGUGAUUCUAUUGCCUGCAAUUUCAAAUGAGUCUAAAUUACAAGAGCAAGAACAAGAACAAGAAAAAUUAAAUUUAUUAAAAACAAAAAAAUCCGAUAAUAACGAUGACAAUGUCAACAAGUUCUGUUGGGUUCCAAUGAAAAAAGCGCUCAAGAUCUCUACGAACAAUCAAUUAAAUCUAAGAAUAUUCGAAAUAUGUGGAUUACUUCGAAAUUUCUAUCACGGUCUAAAAGUACGUCAUCUUGAAAGAUCUUUAACCGCAUAUCAUUAUCUUCGUGAAACUCCCGGCCUUUCGCUAUUAACUCGUAGUGAUUAUAGAGAUCUUAUAAAUGUGAUAGUUCGCGAAACUCCAAAACGAGAGCGAAAUCCUAGAAUCCUAUUUGAUGUUCUUGAUGACUUAAAAUCGCAAGGAUAUCCGAUUUUUAUCGACGAGUACAACUCUCUUCUCCACUUUAUUCAUAGUUCUUCUGCACAUAAAACGGGCGUGAUAACACGUCAACAAAUCGAUGAUGCAAUCUCAAUAUUUAAUGAAAUGAAAUUCCAAGGAAAUAUUCAACCAAGUAUAAUAACAUUUAGUAUUUUAAUUGAAAUGGCGAUUCAAGGGAAUCAAAUACAAUUAGCCGGACAAUUAAUGGAUGAAAUGCAAAAAGUUUAUCGCAUGAAACCUGGCCUAUUUAUCUAUACGUCGAUCUUUAAGGGAUAUGCGAAAGUAAAUGAUCUUCAAGGACUAUUGAAAACUUUUAAUGAGCUGAUAAAAUCAGGCUAUAAACCGGAUAUUACUGUAUUGAAUAUUCUCAUUAAAACAUACAUUAGAACUGAUAAUAUGCAGGCAGCCAUGGAACUUUACAAAGCUAUUGCGAAUAGAGUAAAGGAUGCAAUAAGUGGUAAAGAAUGGAUUAGAAAAUUGCCAAACGAUAAAAUUAUUAAAGACAAUAUUGGCUCUUCUAAAGAUGAUGAUGAUAAUCAUAACAACAAGAGUCAUUAUCAAAAAAAUAGUCAAUUAAAUAACGCAAUUUUAAUUUAUCUUAAUAGUCAAACACACAAACAAAUUGUUCAGAAUGUCACACCUAUUAUCUCUACAUUUCAUGUAUUAAUAAGUGCAUUUAUUGAUCGGGAGGAUUGGACCAAAGCCAUUGAAAUUUUGAACGAAAUGACGGAAAUGCGAGUUAAUCCGACAAUUACAAUUUAUCAUUUAUUUUUUGAACGGAUUUAUUACGAGCUAAAGGUACAAAAGCGAAGUUCUAAUCGGUUUCCUAUCCAACAAUGGUAUCAUCAAAAGGGAGUUCCAAUGUUGGACACUUUGCCGCGUUCACCCACUGAUUUUGGGCCAAUUUUUGAUCAAAUAUAUGGUCAUUUAUCACAAAAUGAACUCGUUCGACCAACAUUGAAAACUCAUGAAUUGAUAGCAUUAAUUAAUGUAUGCUAG